CUGUAAACUAAAAAAAGUGAAUGUAUUUCUCCAAAGACCCACUGCCAGUGACCGCCUGAUGUCUCCAUUAUUUGCACUGAGCAGAAACACGCUCCUGCCGCCCAUUGGCGCCGGAGACACAGAGCAGUCCAAAACCGCUCAGCGCCACAAAGGCCCAUCCAGCCGGGCCCACAGCGCCCUAAACGAUGAGGUCGCCCCUUCAAUUCCGAGGGAUCGCCUUUUCCCGUUGGAUGUCUUCUCCCGGCCCAACACCACACACACAUACAGGUCAGACACCCCUUACCGGCGCUCCUUCACUGUGCUGGACAACAUCGGACAGGGGAGGCCUGGCAGAGCCUCGGUUGCCACAGGUGGGACACUUACCUUUAUUGGGGACACACUGAAGACUGGAAAAUAGGAACUCAGACCUUCUAGUAGGCCACGGAAUCCAAAUUUAGACCAGUAUCAAAUUGUACACACUUGUUCUGGUUUCAAGGUGUCAAACCGCUGACUGUGACAAAUAUAAAAUGCAUGUGAACUCAAAAAUGUGACUUAGCAAAAUUGAUUAC